CUGUGUUUGCCCUUUGAGUGGGACAGUAAUUAGUAAACCUGAUCUGGGAGUGGGGUGACGCAUUUCCUGCGCCAACGUCUUGUUUCUUUGCCCUUGUCACGCCCCACGCAAUGUCAUCGUUGCUCACUGACUUCCUUCGUCAGGCAGGUGGCAUCGCUGUCAUCGACGGCGGCCUCGCCACGGAGCUCGAACGCCACGGUGCCGACCUCAACGAUCCUCUUUGGAGUGCCAAAUGCCUCCUCGCCUCGCCCCACCUCAUUCGUGAGGUGCAUCUUGAUUACCUUGAAAAUGGUGCCGAUAUUUUAAUCACAGCAUCUUAUCAGGCCACCAUUCAAGGUUUUCGAGCUAAAGGCUAUUCUAACGAAGAAAGUGAAGCCUUGCUCAAAAAAAGUGUUGAAAUUGCUAUCGAAGCUCGACGCAUAUAUUAUGAAAGAUGUGCUACAUCUUGUUCAGAAGAUGAAUGUGAUGGUAAAGUUUUCAAACAACGUCCGAUCCUGGUGGCAGCAUCAGUCGGCAGCUAUGGAGCUUAUUUGGCUGAUGGAUCAGAGUACAGUGGCGAUUAUGGUGAUGGCAUUACGUUGGAAACUCUGAAAGAUUUUCAUAGGAGAAGAGUUCAAAUAUUAGCAGAUUCAGGUGCUGACUUAAUUGCAUUUGAAACAGUGCCAAAUAAGCUAGAAGCUCAGGCUUACGCAGAGCUUCUAGAAGAAGAAAACAUAAAGAUUCCUGCAUGGUUUUCAUUUAACUCCAAGGACGGAAUUAAUGUUGUUAGUGGUGAUCCUUUAGCUGAAUGUGGCUCAAUUGCUGAGUCAUGCAAAGGAGUUAUUGCUGUUGGAAUCAACUGCACUCCCCCUAGAUUUAUACAUGGACUAAUAUUAUCGCUUAAGAAGGUGACUACAAAACCAAUUGUUAUCUAUCCAAACAGUGGGGAAAGCUACGAUGGUGACAAAAAGGAGUGGGUGGAAAAUACCGGGGUUUCAGAUGAAGAUUUUGUAUCGUAUGUAAAUAAAUGGUGUGAGCUAGGAGCCUCCCUUGUAGGAGGUUGUUGCCGAACAACGCCAGCUACUGUCAGAGGCAUAUACAGGACACUCUCUCGCAGAUCUGCAACUCUUGCCGCAGAGUGACUUCCCUCACAUAUCAGGCACGGAGUGCGAUGCUACAUCUUAAACAUGUUUCAAAUGCCAACAAGGCUGGCAGAUGGUGCUGUGUCAUGUUGCUCCUCUGGGCAUUUUGAGAUGGAAGACCUUGCUUAUUUUUUUGGGUGUAACCAUUCUGCACUGUUGGUCUUGAUAGCAUUUUGUUUUACCCUUGAUGCCAGCACCACCUUCAACUUGAGGAUCGCUUUGCGGGUCCCAGUCAAGAUGAGUCUCGGCAUUAACGGAAAAGUGUGGUUUUUUCUCCGUCUUUUAUUUUAUCAUCUAGAAGGAACAAUACCGAUAAUUGACACGUGAACCUCUGUAGACCUUUUGAAAUGUGAUUUUGAUUUUUUGUUUGACAAUGUUAGAAUUAUGACAAUAACUGCAUCUUAAUUUUGCUCUUUUUA